CCUCAGUCGUUGACAGAAACUGAAGUAGACAAGCCAGUGAGACUGCAGAGCAGAGCAGGAAAAUGAAGUUGUUGAUUCUGGCGUUAGCCCUCAUCCUGCUGUUUACAGCUGGCGGAGCUCUGGACUGCCAUCGCUGCAUCCCAAGUCGGGCCGGAGGAACCUGUCAGACCUCCGUUGAGACUUGUAAACCAAAUAAGAAUGCUUGUAUUGCUGCCAGAUUCCUCCGACAACCAUUUGGCCAUUUUCAGAGGUGCAUUGCCUACUCGGACUGCAAAAUGCUUGAGGCGAACGCCUACAUAGAUGUAAAGUGCUGCACCGAAGACAUGUGCAAUACCGCUAAAAUUUGAAAUU